AUGGCCCCGAUCACCAGAGGCGAUGGCCGCACCAUGGCCCGGAUUUUUGGAAGAGCGAGCAGGAAGCCCUUUGACGGAUGCUCAGGCGUGGUCCUGGAGUGCUGUCAGAGGUCUUCCACAGACAUGAUCAGGGCAAAGAACGACUGCUUUCAAGUAUUUGGACCGUUCGGGAGUGUCUCCAUCAGCGGUCCCCUCCUCCCGGGUGCUGGACGGAUGAUGAGCAUCUCGAUCAUUUAUGACAUUACCACUCCUUUUCCCAACGUGGAAGGACCCAGAACAAUCACGGUAUCCAAGGGCUUCCGCUUCAGGAUACCUCCCAACAGAAUACUUUAUUCCUUCAGGGAGCGCAUGAAGGACCGGCACUCCAAUUCUCUGUUAGGCCUCAGGUUGUUCAUGUCUCUGCCUGACAAGUACUACAUCAAAAGGUCUAUCAUUUUCAACCUCACCUCCCCCGUCUCGUACUUGUCUCGUUACGGCCUGGUCAACCUCGAGCACCUCCGCACUCUGGCUUCAACAGGGUCCAAUCCCGACAUCUUGAAGCAUCUCCUACCGCUUUGUCAUGAGCGGGAGUGGUACCUCCUUGGCCCCAAUCCAAUGUCGAGGACUUUCUCAGUCAACCGCGUGACGAACCGGGUACUCACGUCGCGAUCCCCACCCACAUACACGCCGAUGCGGACGUUCCUCGAGGACCAUCUCGAAGCCAAGUCCUACCUCGACUCACAAGUUAAUCACGACCCCGAGAAGCUCUUCAUCAUGGAUCCAACCGAGACACUCCCGCAUUCGUGCGGCGGAGCAGUCGAGGCAUCCAGCAACGGCGUUAGGUUCCGGUUCCAAUUCUCGCACCUGCCCAAGUCCAGUCUGCGGCUGGAGACAAAGAAAGGAGAAGCGACGGGCGGAGACGAGCGCAUAGGUGGAGGAGCAGGAAGAGGAGAGGUGGAACAGGCGCCGGCCUGCGUUGAGCAGCAGGGCGGACGUCAUCCCUACCAAAUCUCGUUCCAUGAAGUCUCGAAUCGAUCGCGGGCUGUCGCGAUUCCACGGCUGUGGACCUGA